GCGUGGCCUAAGGGAAAGGGGGCGUGUCCUGAGGGAAAGUGGGCGUGGCCAUGCCCGAGGAAGAGGAGGGCGCCCCCUGCCUGCUGUGCCUGGCCACGGCCAGCGGGCUCCCCCUGUUCUGCCGCCCGCCCCGCCCCCAGCUCCCGUUCUCAUUGGUCGGGGCCCUGCACGGGGUUCACCUGUUCGGGGCCAUGGAGGGGGCGGAGCUUCGUCAGGCGGCCACGCCCACUGCUCACGUGACCUGGGGAACCUACGGCAACAGCAUCUCCCUGAUCCUGCUCAGCCCCAGCCCCGCCCCCGCCCGGAUCCUCGACUCCGCCUUCGGCGCCAUGGUGCUGGUGCUGGGUUUGGAUGAGUUGGUGCCCGUCCGCAACGUGGAGCGGCUCAAACGCGACCUGAGGAGCUGUUUUGGUCUCAUUGACGCCCUCCUGACCCCCCGGGGGGGGUGGGGGCUGGGCCCCCCCUGCCGCCCCCUCCCCCCAGCGACCCCCCGUGAGGCUCUGCAGGAUCGGCUGCAGCGUUUCGGGGGGGCGGCUCACACGGAUUUGUGCUGCCUCUGUUUUGGGUCUGGGGGCUUCGGGGGCUCCGUGCUGGGCACCCCCCGCUGGGGGGCGCUGUCGGGCGCUGACUCCGCCCCCCUGCGCGCGCUGAUGAUGACGUCAUCGUGGGGAGGAGGAGCCAAUGGGAGGGGCCCGGCGGCGCGAGACCUUCCGGUGUUCCUGCCCAAUAGCAGCCCGCAGGUCCCUCACCGGCUGCUGCUGCUGCGGCUGCUGCCGGGGCUGCUCCUGGCUCUGCUCUGCGGCCCCCGCCCCUCCCUGCAGCUCCUGCUGGCUCAGCUGCUGCCCCAGUUUUGGGGUCCCCUCCUGGAGCAGCUCCGGGGCUGUGCCCGCCCCCGACCCCCCCCGAUGCCCCCCGAGGUGCUGGGGUACCUCCUGAUCCAUCGGGGCCAGACCCACAGCGGGAUCAGCAAAGGGGCGGGGCAGGGAGGGUCUCUGCCCCCCCAUCUCCGAGCUGCCGCCCUCAGGAACCUCCAGAAGCUCCUGGCCCCCCAAUAUCGGCCCGAGUUGGGGGGCAGGGGAUCCCCCCCCGGGCUCAGGCUCUGUUAUGUCUCGCUGCCCACCCACACCGGCUGCUGCCUCCUGCGCCCCGAGCUGCUGCUGCUGCUGCUGCUGCCCCCCGGGACCCCCCGAGACCCCCUGAACCCCACGGCCAUGAGGGUGCUGAGUGCGCUGAGCUGCGGCUGAGACCCCCAAAAAUCACCCCUGAGACCCCCCAAAAUCACC